GGUGUGUGGGGAGGGAGCCGGGGCGGCCGCGGCACUCCUGCCGGGGGAGCGUCCCGACGGCCUGGGCUCUCCCGCCCCCUUCCCGUGGUUGCCCCCCCCGCAUCUCGCUGUGGAACGGGCCGAGCCCGGAACUCGGCGCUGCCGGCCGGCCUCGUAAGAUGGAGGUGGGGGAGCCGAGCCCGGGCGGCCGGGCGGGCAGCAGUGCCGACAGCCUGGCGGAGGAGGAAGAGGACGUGGACGAGGAGGGUCCUGGCAGCGGCCGGUCCAGCCGCACCUCAUCGCUGGUGAGCGGGCUGCUUACCGAGCUCUACAGUGCCGCUGAGGCGGCCGCCCCCUCGGGCAACGCUCGCUCCCGCGUUCUCCGGGAGCUGCAGCAGCAGCGGCCGAGCCAGGUCAAGUACCUGCGGCUGAAAGAUGUCGCUGAACUAACAACUAUAAAACAAGAACUGAAUUACAGAAUUACUGUUCAGUCAGCAAAGUUGCUUCGUCUUCUGAAGCAGAAAGACAGGCUUGUGCAAAAAGUCCAGAAGAACUGUGAUAUCGUCACAGCUUGUUUACAGGCAGUUUCCCAGAAACGAUGGGUUGAUACAAAAUUGAAAUUCACUCUUGAACCAUCUCUAGGUCAAAAUGGUUUUCAGCAGUGGCAUGAUGCACUCAAAGCAGUGGCCAGAUUGCCAACAGGCGUACCAAAAGAAUGGCGAAGAAAGGUUUGGCUGACUCUAGCUGAUCAAUACUUACACAGUAUAGCCAUUGACUGGGAUAAAACUAUGCGUUUCACAUUCAAUGAAAGAAGUAAUCCUGAUGAUGACUCUAUGGGCAUCCAGAUAGUAAAGGACCUUCACCGAACUGGCUGCAGUUCUUACUGUGGCCAAGAGGCAGAGCAAGAUCGAGUGGUAUUAAAACGUGUUUUGCUGGCUUAUGCCAGGUGGAAUAAAUCUGUUGGCUAUUGUCAAGGAUUUAACAUUCUAGCUGCACUUAUUCUGGAAGUAAUGGAAGGCAAUGAAGGGGAUGCCCUGAAAAUCAUGAUUUACCUCAUUGAUAAGGUGCUUCCUGAUAGCUAUUUUGUCAAUAAUCUUCGCGCUCUCUCUGUGGAUAUGGCUGUUUUCCGAGAUCUUUUACGAAUGAAGCUUCCUGAACUGUCCCAGCAUUUAGACACACUGCAAAGAGCUGCUAACAGAGAAAGUGGAGGAGGAUAUGAACCCCCGCUUACAAAUGUCUUCACAAUGCAGUGGUUUCUGACACUCUUUGCUACUUGCUUGCCUAACCAUACAGUUCUGAAGAUCUGGGAUUCAGUAUUCUUUGAAGGCUCUGAAAUUAUACUGAGAGUAGCUUUGGCUAUCUGGGCAAAGUUAGGAGAGCAAAUAGAGUGUUGUGAAACUGCAGAUGAGUUUUACAGUACCAUGGGCAAGCUGACCCAGGAGAUGCUGGAAGACAGUCUGAUUGACAGCAAUGAACUCAUGCAGACUGUGUAUACCAUGGCUCAGUUUCCCUUCCCACAACUGGCAGAAUUAAGGGAGAAAUACACGUACAACAUUACUCCUUUCCCUGCAGCAGUAAAAUCAACUUCACUUUCAGGAAGGCUAGGCAGAACCAGAGACAGUGAUGAGGAGAAUGACCUAGAUGAUGAAGACUCAAUUGCCAAUGCAAUUGGCUGUCUUGGACCAUUAAGUGGGUUUUUGGCACCAGAGCUCCAAAAAUACCAAAAACAGAUGAAAGAUCAGAAUGAAGAACAAAGUCUUGGUUCCAGUAACAUUGCGGAAUUAAGUCCAGGAGCAAUAGACUCUUGCCGAAGCGAGUAUCAUGCUGCUUUUAACAGCAUGAUGAUGGAGCGUAUGACCACUGAUAUUAAUGCACUGAAAAAGCAAUAUACCAGAAUAAAGAAAAAGCAGCAGCAGCAGGUUCACCAUGUGUAUAUCAGAGCAGGACCUGAAGAUGAUGACCCUGGGAUUUUUUUAGGUCCCAGGGACCAGCUGAACAAUGACAAAGGGCCAGUUACCAGUCUCCUCCCUUCUCAGGUAAACCAUUCCCCGGUGAUAAACCACCUCCUUCUAGGAAAGAAGAUGAAAAUGAAUAACAGGUCUCUCAAAAAUGCUGUUAUUCACAUCCCAAGUCAUGCUACAGGGAAGAUGUCUCCUAUUCCUCAAGAAGAUCUUAAAACAAAACUGAACUCUCCAUGGCGCACUCACAUACGAGUUCAUCGAAAGAAUAUUGCUAGGGCUAAAGGUCAGCUGGGCUAUGGGGAUACCAUAGGACUAAUAGAUGAGCAGAGUGAGAGCUGUAAAACAAAUAGUCCCAGUGCAAAUGAGGAGACUUCCAAACAUUCUGACUUUGGAGAAGGAGAAGGAGGUGGUUUGGAUGAUAGGACUACUCAAAAAGCGGACCGGCAGUCGUCUGAGCCAGUCUCUACAGACAGCAGUACAAACAUGUCAGUGGUUCAGCUAAAACUGGAAACACUGGAACUCACAUCAGAUAACAAAACCCAUGCUGAGUCAACAUCCCAUCAGUCCAGCCAGCCACGUUUAUCAGAGUCCUCCAGUUCAUCCAACAACAGUGGAAACCCAGCUAAAUCUCCCCAGCCUGGGAACCCAAAGCCACAGGUCUUCAAUCCUUUUCCCAGUGUCAAGCCUCUUCGAAAGUCAGCUACAGCCAGGAAUUUAGGGCUGUAUGGCCCCACUGAAAGAACACCAACUGUACACUUCCCACAAAUGAGCAGAAGUUUCAAUAAGUCUGCAAGUGGCAACAGUGGGACCAGGAAACGAUAAUGUAGUACUUGUCACUCUAUUUCUGACAGCAACAAAAAUUUAUAUUGCUUUUUUUUAAAAAAAAGUGUGCGUGUGUAUGUGUGUCCCAAAGCAUUUCUAAUCUUUUAAGUAAUAGGGACAAAAGUGAUUACCAGAUGUAUAAAUAUGUGUCUUUGAAAAUUGUGCUCCCAUGUUGUUAUGGGAUAGAUUAGUGAAGAUGCGCUCUGGCACCCUAUUGUCGAUUCUGAUGGUUCUGUGGUAAAAACAAACAUUGAUUUGCAGCGUGAAGCAUACUGUUUCUUUAAAUCUAACUCAGACAUAAAAUCACCAGCUGCCUUUAACUCCUCAGCCCCCCGUGGCCGCCUCCUGUCUCUUUCUAAGCUUGAAGGACAAAUCGGUGCAGCAGACAGGUAUGACAGAUUUUAUGACUGUUAGGCAGCUUCCCUAUUAGACCUCCUCAUUAUGCGGUGUGAGUAGCUGGAGAAGCCAUGACUAACAGAAGCACAAGCAGCCCUGGCAGUCAAAAGUACCACUUUGUGUCCAACAUUAACACUUACCUGUGGGCCAUCUGGUUUCAGACAUUCUUGAGCAGCAUUUUGUGCUUUUUUUCCCACAGCAGUCCUCUGCUGAUACUGUUUGUAAUAUAAAUGUAGUCAGUGGGCAUGAGAAUAGCAGACCCAAGUCCAUUUGCAACACUGGUUUGCUCCUUUUCUGUUACAUAUGUACAUACAUAUGUUUAUUUCUGUUACUGCUGGAGAGUUGCAGCACUGCAAAAUUAGGAACAACUAUAUGUGUAGUUGUAUGAAUAUUAUGGCACAUCUUGGCUUCAGUGGAUUUAAAAGCCGUUAUCUAGAUUACAGACUUGUAAUUAAAUCAUAUUUGCCAGCUUAGUGGUAGGUAAAAUAUAUGAAUGUUCCAAAGUAGUUUAGGGUUUAUAAUUGUGUAAAUAGAGUGAUUAGAUACUUAGGGUGCCACUUAUUAAAAUCCAACACAUCAGCCACUAUCUAAGUGGGAAGGACCCAUGGGACUGCCAUGGGCUUUCAUGGUUUGGUUCUGUUUUGGUGUGGAAGGGCAACAGCAAAGCAAUAAGCUGUGUAUUUACUUCCAAAUCAAAAAAGCAGCGCUAGUGGAUACCGUAAGACAAGUAUUUUUUUUUCCUCAAUAUAUUAAACAGUGCAGGCAGAGAAACUAAAUGUUGAUAAUUCAACUUCAGGUUUGCAAAAUCACGUGCUCGAGCUCCAAGAAAUUCAGGUUGCUCUUAAGACGUUACAGCUCUGCCGAAACUGGAUGUAUUGGUUGUGUUUCAUUACCUUUUGUUUCCAAGUUUCCCCUGACAUGAAAGUGACAUUCUUUUAAACUGGAGUAAAAGCAAUAAUGAUGAAUCAGUCCCAGAUUUUGCUUCCUCUUUUAAAAUUCUUUGUUAAUUUUUCAAAUUAAUAUAUCAUCAUCUAUUUAUUAAUGUAUCCCAUAACCUAUUGGAUGCGAUACCAGUUUUACUGUAUACCAUAAUUUAUAAGCUGUACAAUAUUCCCUGUUUACUGUUGUGGAGACAGAUUUAUUUUGUUGUUGUUUUAUACAAGUAUAUGCACAUAAAAUAAUACACAAGUAUGAACACUACAAACAGAAAACGGAUGUAAAUCAGUUCUUGCCCCUGCCUUAUUUUCAGGCUAUAGUAGUAUUGUCACUAAUGAUUAUUUAUAGUGCUAAGUAAAUUUAAAAUAAUGUAGAAUUUAGUCACAGAUCAUGGACUGUAUGAGAACUGUUUCUGCCUUGAUUUAGAAGAAAUGGACUUCUCAAAAUUUUACUGUGAAUCAUUCUCCCGGAUUUUUCUUAGCUUUAGUGUAUCAUGGAGCUGUAUACUGAACCAGUAAAAAUAAAAAGGACUGUCAUUCUGCAAAAACUGCUAAAA